AUCCCGGCGUGCCCCGCGCGGGAGGGCGGGGCGGCCGCGGGGACAGCCAGGGCAGCGGCGGCGCGUCCCGCACCGUCCCGGUCACCAUGAGCGGCAACGGGGCCACGGCGGCGGCGGCCGAGCGGGAGGAGUUCAUGGCCUUCUUCCCGCAGAUCGUCCGCGACCUGACAGAGGGAGGCCUGGGCCACCCGGAGGUGGGCGAUGCCGUGGCCCGGCUGAAGGAGGUCCUGGAGUACAACGCACCGGGCGGGAAGUGCAACCGGGGGCUGACGGUGCUGGCGGCUUUCCGGGAGCUGGCGACCCCCGCGCAGCAGGACCCCGAGAGCCUCCGCUGCGCCCUGGCCGUGGGCUGGUGCAUCGAGCUGUUCCAAGCCUUUUUCCUGGUGGCCGACGACAUCAUGGACGCGUCCCUCACCCGCCGGGGGCAGCCGUGCUGGUACAAGAAGGAGGGGGUCGGUCUGGACGCCAUCAACGACGCUUUUCUCCUCGAGUCGUCCGUCUAUAGGUUGCUGAAGAAAUACUGCGGGGAGCGGCCCUACUACCUGCACCUGCUGGAGCUUUUCUUGCAGACUGCCUACCAGACGGAGCUGGGGCAGAUGCUGGACCUCCUCACCGCUCCCAUUUCCCAGGUGGAUUUGAACCGCUUCAGCGAGCAGAGGUAUAAGGCGAUUGUUAAGUACAAGACGGCGUUUUACUCCUUCUACCUCCCCGUGGCCGCUGCCAUGUACAUGACCGGUAUUGACAGCAAGGAGGAGCACGACAACGCCAAGGCCAUCUUGCUGGAGAUGGGCGAGUUCUUUCAGAUCCAGGACGAUUACCUGGACUGCUUCGGCGACCCGGCGCUCACGGGGAAGGUCGGCACCGACAUCCAGGACAACAAGUGCAGCUGGCUGGUGGUGGAGUGUCUGCGGCGGGUCACGCCGGAGCAGCGGCGCGUCCUGGAGGAAAACUACGGCCGUAAGGAGCCCGAGAAGGUGGCGAAGGUGAAGCAGCUCUAUGAGACCCUGGGCAUGAGGGCGGCUUUCCAGGAGUACGAGGAGAGCAGCUACCGGCGGCUGCAGGACCUGAUCGCCAAGCACGCCAACCAGCUCCCCCGCGAGAUCUUCCUCGGCCUCGCUCACAAGAUUUACAAGCGGCAGAAGUGAUGUGGACUGUUUAGUCUGUGCUAAGUGGGGGGACCGGGAAGGUUUGUCUCCCCUGUUGUUGCUGCUGGAUCCAGCGGGUCUGGUUUUGGACCCUGGCCCUGAGGUGGGGGGGCUGGUUGGAGACGGGAUGGUGCUGCGAGAGGAUCGUAGAUCAGCCGCUGGCUUAUUGUGUCAAUAAACAUCGGUUACUGAGA